AUGCAGCAAACAAAGAAUAUGCAUACUGAAUUUGAAGCCCAAGUAGAAGAUACUGCGAGGAAAGAUCUCCCCAAGAGUCCUGAGAAACUCUCUUAUGCUGCCAUGACUGCUAGAGGAUCUAGCCUAAACAAGAACCCACCAGUCAAGAUGCCUGAAGAAGAGAUAUUUUUCCAAGAAGGGGAUGUUACCAUGGACAGUUCUGGAGAUUUUCCUAGAAUAAGCUUUUCAAAGCGAAUCCAUGACCUGAUUGAUCGAAACAUGAAGCAAGUUAUCAUCACGAGACUGCUGGGAAAAAAGAUUGGAUAUAAAGCGCUGAUGAACAGGAUUCAGAUGUUAUGGAUGCCGAUAGGAAAUUUCAAUUUAAUUGAUCUUGAUAAUGAUUACUACUUAGUUAAGUUUGAAAAUAUUGAAGACUAUACUAGAGUUCUCACUGAUGGCCCUUGGAUGAUAUUUGGUAGUUACCUGACUGUUCAACCAUGGUCGAGGAACUUUAACACAUCUGAAAAACACCCCUCACAAGUUAUUGCCUGGCUGCGUUUACCUCGAUUACCGUACAGGUAUUAUAAUUCAGUGUUAAUCAGAACUAUUGCAAAUACGAUUGAAAGAGCCAUCAAAAUUGAUUACAAUACUAAAGUUGGAGAGAGUGGAAAAUUUGUAAGAAUUGCAGUUGUUAUCGAUCUGAACAAUCCUCUUAUUCCAUGUGUGGGAAUUGACGAUUUCAUUCAAAAGAUAGAAUAUGAAGAGAUACAACAAAUCUGUUUCAAUUGUGGAAUAUAUGGGCACGCUAAAGAAGUCUUUCAAUCUAACCAAGAAGAUAAACAUAUCAAUGUUAACAGCAAUAACAAUACUAUGGAAGAACAAUCCAAUGUUGAAAAAAGUAAAGAAAAUCCUUUUGGUCCUUGGAUGUUUGUUCAACCGAGAGGAAGAAACAAUAGGUACCAAAGAACGCAAAACAAACUAAAGAGAUUGAAGGAACAUCAAGACAAGGAUCAAGAUUUUCCCCCUUAA